AUGGCUCUUCGAGGGCUACGCGAAGUGACCAUGCGUGGCCAGAUGCCUCACCGCGGUGGUCCGAUGCAUGCUGCCACCCUUCAAUUUUUAGAAUUCGUCCCCGAGGUCGAGCAACUCCACCUAUCGCACGUCAGUGUUGAAACUCCUCGCCAACUCAUCAACCUCAUGUCAGACAAAAAGCUCACGCGUUUCUUGACUUGGUGGACGCACGGCGAUGGUCGUAUGCUCAGAAGUAUGCUAUCCGGGCAAAGGCUUAAAUUCUUCAAAUAUAACCCCGGCGGUGAAGGAUUUCCCACUCCUCACCAAGACAAGUUAUCAGAAGUCCACACUAUCGACCUUCUUACGGAUUCAAGGCAAUCUCUCAGAGUACUCAAACUUUACUCGACACAAAUGAGCAAAUCACCUCUCCUUUCGCAAUUCGAUAAUCUCGAACUUGUGGAGAUGCCAUUUGCGGCUGAUCUCUUCAACGUCAUUGCCGGGAGUGAGCAUGGCGAUGUCGCCAAUGCCCUCCGAAAACGCAUUCCCGAAUCUUUGUCAGCGCUAAGUCUUCGAUACAUACCAUCAUCUGACGACGUGUGCGUGGUCUUGGCAGUCCUUGCAGAGCUGAAGCGUCAGGGGGAAUUCUCUGCACUCAAGACGGUUCGCCUGAACUUUUGUCGUUUUGCGAUAUCACCACGGUUUCCUCCAGAUCACUACAACAUCUUGAACCCGGCCUUGGAGAAAGAACUUAUUGGGGUCUUCAAUAAGGUAGGGCUUCAGCUUGAGGUCGCCCAGACUGACUAG